AUGCAUCCAUACUCGCGUUUCAACAGAGGCCAUCACUACAUACUCACCGUCAUCGAUGUGUUGAGCAAGUAUGCGUGGGCCAUACCGCUCAAGAGUAAAGGUGGAAGCGAGACGGCUAUCGAUGAGAUAAUUCGAAAGAGCAAGAGAUGUCCAAAAAACCUACAAAUCGAUAUGGGAAAAAAAUUUUACAACGUUGAUGUGCAACGGCUCUUGAAAAAACACAACAUCAAUCAUUAUUCCACGUACUCCCUUGUAUCAGAUUAUAACACGCGCAAGCAUCGCACCAUCGGCAUGCGACCCAUCGACGUUACCCCCACGAUCGCUGAAAAACUCUUGGCCACGGUAUAUAGCAACGUAAAGAUCGCGAGUCCGGCAAAAUUCAAAGUAGGCGAUUCGGUACGUGUGAGCAAAUAUAAAACCGUCUUCGAGAAAGGUUACACGCCAAAUUGA